AUGGGUCGUGUCCUCCUCAAGGUUAUCAUUCUGGGCGAUAGCGGAGUCGGCAAGACUUCGCUGAUGAACCAGUAUGUUAACAAGCGGUUCAGCAACCAGUACAAGGCCACUAUUGGUGCCGACUUCCUGACGAAGGAGGUUAUGGUGGACGACAGGCUGGUGACGAUGCAGCUUUGGGACACUGCCGGCCAGGAACGCUUCCAGUCGUUGGGUGUAGCUUUCUACCGUGGCGCGGACUGUUGUGUGCUCGUCUACGACGUCAACAGCGCGAAGUCGUUUGAGACACUCGAUAGUUGGCGGGACGAGUUCCUCAUUCAGGCGAGCCCUCAUGACCCCGAGAACUUCCCGUUCGUUGUACUCGGGAACAAGAUCGACAUGGAGGAGAGUAAACGUCAGGUCACCCAGAAGCGUGCGAUGACUUGGUGCCAGUCCAAGGGCAACAUCCCCUACUUUGAGACCUCUGCCAAGGAGGCUAUCAACGUCGAACAGGCGUUCCAGACUGUCGCGAAGAAUGCUCUGCAACAGGAGCAGGACGACCAGCUGUAUGUUGAUUACCCGGACCCGAUCCGGAUCGACUCCGACACCAACCAGAACGCGGGCUGCAACUGCUGA